AUGAUCGCAUCUUCGGCCGAUAUCUCGGGCCAGAGACUUCAGGAGAAGGGACUCUACGUUCAUGCUGGCGUUGAUGCGGCGGCGUGGGCUGGUGUGCCUAGUGGCCUUUCGUUCGGUCCAGAAGGAAAUUGGAAACGCAAAGCUGAGACAAAGGAAUCGAGUCGAACAGCAGAUGAUUUUGUCUUUGCGUACAGGAUCCGUGAGAUCAAGGUACGGAGGAAAGGUGGAGUCAAGGCGGAUAAGCUGUAUGACAAGGGUGCUUUAUUCGAUACGGACAAAAAGAGGAAGACAGAAGACUUGUAUGAGGUAGAGGUUGAUGGCUUGGGUGACGAACCUGAUGUUGAUGAUGUCGAUCUGGAAAAUAUGGAGGUCAGGCAGAAGAUUGGAGACGAAGGGGAAGAAGAGGAAGUUGUUUGUGUUUUGCCAGAACCUAUGGAUUGA